GAGACGCAAAUCUCACGUAGGGACUUCCCCUACUUGUAAGUUUAGGAUUUUUGUCAAAGUUUUUUUAAUUUUUAAAAUGGAUUUCGUCUCCGAAAAACCCAAACCUGUACGACUAGGGCGAGAUUCAAUAACUCUUCGCACACAAGAGUCGAAUUAUAUCCCAGUAAUAAGCGACAUUCCGUAUGUAACUAGAACUCAAGCAAAAGCGUGGCUAGCUUACAAGGGAGCGCGGCCGAUCCACCGAACUACUCUACAAUUAGAUAGAACACGUCAUAAACUCGAUUAUGUGACGUUGUAUAAACAUUAUCACCGUGGCAAUCCAAAACUCAGUGGAGUGAGACGCCCCCCAACUUGCCCCUCAUUGUUUACAUCACAAUGGGAGAUUGGGGAAAACAAUGAGCGUUGUUUCAACACAAACCACAAUGUUAUGUUUCCACCAAAAACAGGAGAAUCCAUAUCAUUGAUGCGCGACGUACAAGUUCGUAAUCGCGUGAGCAACACCCAUGGAUUGAGAAUGGUGGACGUCACCCACCAUGACGAGGGGGCGUCAUAUUUUACCUCGUAUCGUAACUCCCACGAUGCAUUGGGGCAAUCUCGGGGUAGGGGAGUUCCCCAUGUUAGGAAGAAACCUCCAGUUUUCAACAUAAUUUCAGGUGAAAUAUCAGCUCCAACUUCAGGAAGAAUCGAUCAUCGAUUACGAUCCGGUAACAGAGUCCUUUCUGAGCAAAGAAGAAGAUCAAACAUUUAUCAGACUUUUCAACUAGGGUGAAAAAAAAUUUAACAGUGUUUUGAAAAUUGCUUUUUCGACAAUCUUGUAAUUUUUUAAUUUUUAUUUAUAGUCUUUAUAGUAUAAUCAAGGAAAAAUAGGAGUUUAAAAAAGAAAUUAUAAUCACAGAUCAUGAGUGUAAUUUCAUAUCAAAACUCACCUUUUCAAUGUACUUUUGUUUUACAAGUGUUCAUCUUUUUUUUAAUAACUCUUCAUUAUAUUUUGCCAAUGUCAAGUGCUGGUAAUACUUGUUAUUUUUGAUCAGUUUACCUUCAUUCUUACCUUUCUGGUAUUAUCAUUGUUAAUAUUUGUAACCUGACUGAUUAGUUUUAUCUUGACUGUGACCAUUAAGACUGUGGUGUCAUCAUUGUGUUUUAUAUUUUCAUUUCAUUUUUUGUCGCUGCCUGACAAUCAUGUAUGUAAUAAAUGAUCCAAAAACACACA